GACCCUGGCUAGUUAUAGGCAGGUCAGCUGAUACUAGGCUGGUCACCAGGAUACCUUGCUCCUAUACACACUCAACACCACAUAUACUUUAUACAAGAUGGGUGACCACGAACUGCUUGAUAUUGAAGAGUGGGGUCUUGUUCUAAACAAGAUGUUGAAGUUUCACUACAACGUGUCUGAGGAGAUCAAGGCAGUGGUCCAGGCGAUCAGGCAGGAGAUGAAGCCUGAGUUAAUCCCCCUAGCAGAGGACAAGGCCGCCUUCGGCAAGAUCAUCAAGACCGCCAUCAGGGAUAUGUGGUGUCUGGAAUAUGAAGUUGACGAACUUCAAUCCAAGUUUGCUGAUUCUAUAGGAAAAAUGGAUCUGGAGAAUCUUGAUGUUGAUUUUAUUGAGGAUAUGAUGCUAAAAUCUAAACCUCUUCAAUCCGUCCUUAAUGAUAUUAGGAACAGGCAGAAGGCGAAGCUUGAGGACAUCAAGAAAACCUACGGCGAUGCUAUUAAAGACCUGGAACCAAUGAAGGUUUCCCGUCCUCCUAAACCCGUUCAAUCCGCCGCACCGGCACCAGCUCCUGAGACACCCGCCGAACCCGCCUCAGCUGCUGCUCCCGCUCCCGCUCCUGUAGCAGCAACCGCCUAAACCUAUCUAUAAUAAUUCAAUAAUAUCUGAUGGAAUUAUUUUAAAUCUUCAAUUUUCAAUUUCAAAUAAAUUUCUGUACACAUUUUGGAGAUUAAUGAAUGCAAACACGUUAAAAUAAAGAGUUUUAGAA